UAAUUUAAAAAAAAAGAUUUUUUUACCCUUCCACUGAGACAAUCUCAGAAUUUCAGGACUUGUAUUUUAUUAAAUGGGCUCAACGCCACAUUCGUCUUACCUCGCAAGUAGGAACGUCAUUUUUCGACCGCCGUGGUUUCGAGAUAGCACUGGGGGGGGUGAAACAUGGACGCUCCAUGUUCAUCUUUUAUUCGCAACAAACUAGCCAACCGUGUAAUCAGUGCGUCUGGGUGUUGACCGAGCUUACGCUUGUAUGUACAGUGGAACUCCUUUAAAGCUAAAGUGACGCUGUGUUUACGGUUCUUGCUGUGAGCGGCCAUUUUGAUUUGACGUCACUCGCUGAACUCUGGGUUUAGGAGACCGCCGUGAGACCUCCCGGGCAGGAGUUCCAACUUGAGGGGGCGUUUUCUUUGGUUUUUCCUAGUCCGAGUUACAUUACUAACUUUAGUCUAAUGGGGAGUAAACCCCUUUCUCCGGUGUCUGUGUAUGGAGCGAGAGGGGGGGCGGAGGGGUGUAACAAUAGCGUUUUUUGUAAACGCCUGGCCAGCAUCUGUGGGAUAGAUCCACGUCUCAGCCGAGGCACUUCAUUAGCCAGUCCCCCAGCUUACCCCUCCUUCCCUCCUUCCCUCUCUCCCUCACUCUUCACAACACUCCGUCUCCCCGCUCUGUCGCCGUAUCACAGCGCGACUGUUUGGGUCUCCUCUUGUUCGGAAUACAGCACUGAUAGUAUUUGAUGUACAGCUCAUUAAUCGAGCCAGUCAGUCUUUACCCGUCUGCGGAAAGGAAUCUUUUGUUUGUGCCUCUCAGAAUGAAGCAGUGAAGCAGUCCUGAUCGCAGCGAUGGCCGUCCAAGCUAGCCUGCAGGCUUGGUUUGGAGAAAAGUUUGAGUCACCACUGCAAACCCUCAGCCCACGCCAUGGCCCUGGCCUUGCAGACGUCUUCCAGUACGACCGGUGGAUCGCUGUACGACACGAAGCGACACUUUUCCCCAUGCAGGAAGACCUCGCCAUCUGGCUCACUGACAUUCUAGGUGAAGAGAUCAGGGCCGAGCACUUCAUGGAGGAGUUGAAUAACGGGGUGAAGCUGUGUCGACUCGCUGAAAUUCUGCAAAGCAAAAUUCCCAAAGACUGUCUCCUGGACAAGAGUCGGCAGUCCCCUAUGAAGAAAGUGGUGUUUAAGGAAACCGCUUCUCCGGGGUCAUUUUUCGCCCGGGACAACACGGCGAACUUCCUGUCGUGGUGCCGACAAAUCGGAGUCGACGAGACGUAUUUGUUCGAGUCGGAGGGCUUGGUUCUACACAAGAACCCUCGGCAAGUGUGUCUGUGUUUGUUGGAGCUUGGCCGCAUUAUCUCCAAGUACGGAGUUGAACCCCCUGUAUUGGUGAAACUGGAGAAGGAGAUCGAGCUGGAAGAAUCUCUGCUAAUGGCAAGCGAUCCUGCUCCUCCGAUCAAAACCUUUACCGUGUGCUGCCAACAUGGAGGCCUCCAUCAGUCUGACUCUGACUCGGAUGACCCUCCCUGUAAUUGUUCACAGAGGUUUUCUAUCGAGUAUCUGGCAGAGGGACGUUACAGGCUGGGGGAAAAGAUCCUCUUCAUCAGGAUGCUGCAUGGGAAGCAUGUGAUGGUGCGUGUGGGUGGGGGUUGGGACACGCUAAAGGGUUUCCUGAUGAAGAAUGACCCUGAACGUGUGCUGCAGUUCACCACUCUUGAACAGAAGAUUCUGGCGUUUCAGAAAGGCUCCUCUGUCCCUGACUCUGUCCUCAGCACACAGACUGUGCAGCCGCCCGCCAUGGACCCUCUCACUGCCGUUAACCUUCUCCCAUCCUCCUCAGCCACAUCCUCCUCAGCCUCUUCCUCUUCAACCUCUUCUAUUCCACCUGGCAAACCUAGCACGCCUGCCUCUGGUGCAGUUACGCCACGAGGCGCGGCCCGAUCCCCAGUCUCCACCCCCUCCCUUCCGAGGAAAGCUGUAGCUCCUAAAAAGAAACUUCAAGUGCCCAGUGUCUCUCCCAAGACCACUGCACUCUCUUCUAACACUACAAAAAAGAGUCCUUCACUCCAACCUUCACCACCAGUUUUUGUUGCCCAGAAAUUGCCUCUUGUCCUCUCUGAACGGAAACAGCGCCCACGUGGCGCCCCCUCUCAGCCGCGUAGUCCUGUGUGCCCAGAGCCCAGCUGCAAACAAGCCAAGCCGUCUGCCAGCCAGGUAGGAAAUUCUUCUCAGCGAGGCGGCCGGCCACCUCGAGCACCGCUUCGCACUCGUCUCGCCCCUAGACGCCCUUCCUCUCCUGCUGCCACACGUCUCCAAAUGGACGCAAGAAAAGGGCGCCCCAUUUCCCCUCGACCAGCAGGCUUGGCAAGGACUCCCAAAGAGACCAAGCCCUUGGCAACAAAAGUUUCUGGAGAGCCCAAACCGCCAGUAAUAAAAACUCAACGAGAGGUCAGACCUUCAUCAGCAGCUGCCAAAUCCAGAGUUCAAAUCUUCACUCCCACUUCCCAAGUCUCCACAUUUUCUCAUCCUUCCAGGACAAAAAACCCAGGAGGAUCCUCUGCCAUGGGGACUGGAGCUCCACGGACUGCGCAGACGCCCAGCACAAAGUCCACACAUGAUGCAGACAAAAAAGCCCAAAGCAGCAAUAGUAGGCCACUCAAAACGAACCCUGCUCAGGUCAGAGCGGUUAAACUGGCCCCCAGUGCCACCCAAAAGAAACAAAUAAGCCGAACUGUGGCCUCCAAAAAAGCAGAGGAGCCCUACUUUGAGAUGAACAGUAAGAAGAAGAGGUGAGCGUAAUUAGAAGCUAGAACUCUGAGGGUUUUUUUUACUCUGUUGUGGUGGUGGUUUUGACAUUUUUUCCAUUGGUGUAGCACUUUAAGGUACAGGCAUCAGCCUCACGCGUUGAACUGUUUAACAAUAUUUCACAGCUCAAAGGUGUGUUUUACAUUUUUAUGUUUUAUAAUUUAUUUGGUUUAUUUUUUUUUUAUUGUGCCACAAAGGUCAUUUGUGGAAAAAGGUCAAGAGAUAAUGUCUCUGGUCUAUUUUAAGAGUAAACACUAAAUAUCCUUUAGACUAGCCCUUUAACGAGAGAGAGGGAGGGAGAGGCCUGUGCGGAGUUGUGUAACUUUUACUUUAAUCCAAAUAACUUGAUUAAGAAUCUUCAUCUCAGUAAGCAAGGCAUUAAUUGAAACUAACACUGAUCACGCCAGUUUUGACUCAGUUUGGCAUUGUAGAUGAAAUUACACAAGUUGUAGACUUGCAUAGUUGUAAUUAUUCAUUAUGAUAUUAAUACAUAGAUGUAUUCCUGAAUAUGUAUCAAAAACAAUAAUGGUUAAGGAUUUAACAGUUCAUUACCUGUCUGAGUAUUCUCUUAUAAGUAGUAAUUCAUUCUAAUUGCUUUUUAACAUGACACAAUGUAAUGUAAUCACAGAGAGCUCUUGCAGGUGUCGUGAUCAGUUGAUUAGCCAUUUAAAGAAACCAAUAGGAACUACCUCUCGACGUGCAUAUUAAUUACCACGUGUCCUGCUGAUUGAGUGAAGCUCGUACUGAUCAAUAUUAAUGUCAUGAUUUACUGUUUUCCGUUAGUUAUUCACAGCACAAGCCAAACCUUCUUGUUUUUUUAAACUCGCCGUUACUUUGUGUCGUGUUCUGUGUCGAGGUGUGAAUCUUUUGAUUUACCUAUAUUUUUUUACAGCACUUUACAAGAUUUAUUUUAAAUGUAGUCUCUCUUUAAUGUCGUGUGAAUUGUGACUGUAAAUUCUUCGUGUUUAAUAAAGGUAUCCUUGGGUAA